GUUCUUUUGCUUCUGUCGAAAUGCCUGUGUUAUUAUGUGGGUGUGGGCUCUCUCUCUCUCUCUGUCUGAAACUCUCUUCUCUUUCUCUCCUUCAAAGUUGCUUCUCAAAGACUCCUUUUUCCCCCCCCAAAGAAAGUUGAUAUAUUUGCAGAAAGCAAUAGCUUUUCUUCUUCUCCAUGUUCCCCUCUCUCUCUUUCCAUCAGUAAAGGCUGAAUUUUUCACCCUCCCCCACUAGCUCCACCACCUGUACAGCUAAAAGAAAGAUUGAUUGAUUUGUUUUUCACUUCAAAAAAUCUAUCACUCAAGCUCCAUAAUGUUGGACAACAACACUUCAAUUUCAGUUGCAGCCCUUCCGGUUCCAUCUUCCUCCACUGUGGAAAAUGGGGCCACACACAAAAGAAAAAGGAAGCCGGCAGGCACACCAGAUCCUGAUGCGCAGGUGGUAUCUUUGUCGCCGAAAACGUUGUUGGAAUCCGACAGGUACGUUUGUGAGAUCUGUAACCAAGGGUUUCAGAGGGACCAGAACCUUCAAAUGCAUAGGAGGAGACAUAAGGUGCCAUGGAAGUUGCUGAAAAGGGAAUCACAGGAAGUGAAGAAGAGGGUUUUUGUUUGUCCCGAACCUACAUGCUUGCACCAUGACCCUUUCCAUGCUCUGGGAGAUCUAGUCGGGAUCAAGAAACAUUUCAGGAGGAAGCACAGCAAUCAGAAACAAUGGGUUUGCGAGAAAUGUUCCAAAGGGUACGCUGUUCAUUCGGAUUACAAGGCUCAUCUCAAAACCUGUGGCACCCGAGGCCAUUCUUGUGACUGCGGCCGUGUCUUCUCCAGGGUUGAGAGUUUCAUUGAACACCAAGAUGUUUGCACCGUUCGACGGAUUCAACCUGACCAGUUGCAGGCGUCUCAAACGGCUUCGAGCACUAGUCCUUCGAGCGAUGCUGCCAACUUCAGCAUCGCUCUGUUGAGUGGAUUGCCGAUGCUGAAAUCAACUGAGCCUGUUUUCAUGUACCCGUCUACUUCAGACCAUCAGCAGCAGCACCAACAUCAACACAAUCUUGAACUCCAACUUCUACCGACGAGGGAUUCGGAUGAGAAUUACGCUACUCAUUUGAAGCUAUCGAUAGGAUCAAACGAAGAAAAGAAUGCAAGCAGUGAAAGUGAAACAACAUAUAGGAUGAAAGAGUUCGUGAGUGGACAGCUUAAGUUAGCCAUGGCCGAGAAUGCCUAUGCCGAAAAGGCUAGACAAGAAGCUAAGAGACAGAUCGAGAUGGCCGAACUCGAGUUCGCAAGUGCAAAGAGAAUAAGGCAACAAGCACAAACCAAACUCGAGAAAGCUCAAGCCUUGAAAGAUCAAGCGACAAAGAAGAAAAGUGCUACUAUCAUGCAAAUCACUUGUCAAACUUGCAAACACCAGUUCCAAUCAUCGACAGCUGCUGUCCCAGACGAUGAAACCUCACUUGUUAUGAGUUAUAUGUCUUAAACCACAACAGAGGGUGAAGGAGAAUGAUAAAAAAAAAUCCACUAGCCCUUGAAAAUAUCAUUGUUCUUGGUCUACAUGUUGAGUUUUUCUUUGCUUUGUCAAGUAGUUUUUUCACUUCUGAAUUCUGAUAUUAAUGAAAAGGGGUCUUUCCAAACA